GCACACAACACCAAAACUCUGCCGCCCCUAUAAACUCUAAAAAAACUAUGGCUCUUCCAAUCGAGAUCAUAGAAAUUGUCCUGUCAAAAUUAUCAGUUAAAACUCUUCUUCGAUUCAAAACAGUUUGCAAGUCAUGGAAUAUUCUGAUUUCAGAUCCUGUGUUCGUUCGUAAACAUCACGACCGACAGCUUCGAUCUAAGGGUUCGAAGAAGUCGGAGAAUCUUUUUCUAGUUAAGAAUUCGAAGGUCAAUUCACAAGGGUUUUCAUUGGUUAAAUUGGAGAAAGGUCGAAGAAUCCAAACUUUACAACAAGUGUUCGGCCCUUAUUUGUGGGCGACUGUCUUAUGCUUUUGCGAAGGGCUGAUACUCAUAUGCGACCUUUCGAAAGAUAAUUUCGCAUUGUGGAAUCCAUCCACUCGAACACACACAAUUUUUAAGGCCACGUUUUACUGCAGUGACGCGGCUUUUGGGAUUUGCCAUGAUCCGAUCACCGAUGAUUUUAAGGUUGUUAUCGCGAAAUCUUACGAUUACUCGGUUUAUUCCUGUAACAACAACUCCUGGACAAUGCUGGAAAAAAAGUAUGAAACUAAGUACAAUGAUUACAGUGUAGAGUACGAAUUGGGGGUCUGUGUUGACGGGACUAGCUAUUGGGCUUCGAAGUGCAACCCACAGAUAGUGUAUUAUGAUCCCAGAGACGACAAGUUCAAGAUUUUGCACAUGCCCGAAAACAUGGAUUACAAGAGAUCAGAAUUCGGCAAAUCGAUUUACUUGGUUGAUUUGAGUGGGUUUCUGUGCCUUUAUUACGAAGGUCGCGACAAGACGGUCGUGAUUUGGAGAAAGGGAAAGGGGAUUGAGAAUCAUACUUGGAGCGAGUUGAUGACUAUUGAGAAUAUGGAGGAGCCACUUCGGUGGUUUGAGCCGAAAUAUUUGCUCGGAAACAAGAUUGUGAUUCGGAUAAAAGAAACAAAUCAUAGCGGUAGAUUGGUAGUCUACAGCCCUUGUAAGAAGAGGUUUCAAGAGUUUAAAGACACGAAGAUGGUUUUCGGGUGGCUUGGGUUUGUUCCGCAUAUGGAUACUCUGUUCUUCCCCGUUGAGAAAUCGGGUCGAAUCGUAACUGGUGAAUUUGGUUUUCCCAUUGAGAAAUCGAUACCUGAGAGGAAGAGGAAGCGAAAAUGUAUACAAUAG